AUGUCUCCCUCGGAAACGUCGGCUUGUGAGGAUUUGAAAGCAUUUGAGAGAAGACUGACCGAAGUGAUAGCCUGCCUGCAGCCACCGACAUUACGAUGGAGACUGCUGCUCGGCAUAACUGCGUUGGUCACUUUCGUCGGUGCAUUUUACUGGCUAACGGAUCCACGGACCUCGAUCGUGCCGUUAAUGGAAUCGUUGCUGAAUCAUUCAAUUUUCACGAUAUCAACCAUCAUCCUAUUGAUCCUCUUCGUGUUUGGGAUUCAUAAACUAGUUAUUGCACCGCAAAUAAUAACAUCGCGCACAAGAAAUGUGCUGGCAGAGUUCAACAUGUCAUGCGACGAGACGGGCAAGCUGAUAGUUCGACCCAGGCCCACGAAUAAUUCUCGAUACAUGGAUAUUAGUUAA